AUGCCAUGGCUUCUGGCCUUCUUGGUCUCCGUGGCACGGCCGGUGAAGAUCUAUGAUGCGAGCAACUACUCCGCCGCCACUUCUGACACGAGCGCGUCGUGUCGGGUUCUCUACUGGCCGCAAACCAGCCGAAAAUCGGGUCCUCUUCCCCAAGGGGCUGCCGACUUCUUUGACAUCAUAGUCACGGAUGAUGUCAAGCAGGCCCCAUGGUUGGGAGCAGAAGGAAAGAUGUACUUUCUGGAGGACCGGAACUUCCCCCUUGGUGACCUCUCAAGAGAGCUUGCGCAGCUCAAGGAAGCAGCGCCCAUCGAGUGGCGCCGGGAGGGCAUGUCUGUCUUUCUGCCAGCUGGUGAUGCGCAUCGCCAGGAACGGGAGGAGGCGCAGAUCCUCAUGCCAGCCAGCUAUUUUAUCGACGAUGGAACGUUCGAAACCCGGCACCGGGCCUUCAAGAACUUCACCUUCUCCGUACUGCUGAUGCUGGACUACGACGUUGGCACUCCACCACAAAGCCUGGUCGACUGCAUGUCACAUGGAACUGUACCCAUCAUCAUCGGUAAGCACCACAAGAUUGACUACACCCGCUACUUCUCCUACGCGCUGGUGAAGUUCAGAGACUUUUCGGUGGAGCAGGCCAUCAACUUCAUGUUGACAGCCCCUGCCGAUGCGCUGUACGUCUACGCCAACUCGGUGAAGAUUGUACAGGAGUUCUUCUACAUGAGGUACCGGCACCCUUUCCAUCUUCGCUUGCAGCGACAUGCGCAGAUGGCCUGCCAUGCACUGAAGAGCCCAGCGCCUGCACUGGCAUUCGUGGCCAUCUACUCUGCCAAAAAGAAUUUCGGCAGGCGUAUGGCGCUUCGAGACACCUGGUUGCCGUUGCUGAAGGCUCAUGGCCUUAGUCACAAGUUUUUCCUGGCGGGUACAGAAGUGGACGACCGGUCAGAAGUCGAUUCGCUGCUGCGGCGCGAGCGCGAUGUGUUCGAUGACAUGGUCUUCUUGACUGGGACGACGGAUGAGUACCCUAUUGGGCGCAAGGGUCUUGCUGCUGUUUUAUGGGCCGCACACAACACUGAAGCCCAGUUCUGGUUAAAGUUCGACGAUGAUCUAUACGUCCGACCACAUCUCCUGCUGAAUCGCUUGGCCAGUUUGCAGCGAGCGGAACUCUACUGGGGUGCCUUCGACUACAGCGGAAUGGUGGUGCGAGACUUGUCCGACCCACACUACACUCCCUACGAUGUCUGGCCAGAGCCGGUAUUCCCUGCCUAUGCUCGAGGUGCCGCUCUGGCGAUGUCUAUGGACCUGGUGCGCUUGAUCGCUGAGCACGAGGAGAAGCAGCCUUUCAAGAAGAUCCGGGUCGAAGAUGUCUCCUAUGGCUUUUACCUUUGGCAGCUGACGUAUGACAGGAAGGUUACCUCUGUGACCAUCUUCGACCGAGACGAGGACCACUUCGCCAUGGAUGCCAAGUGCUGCACGGAGGCAACCCAUCCGAAUAACUGCUGGCUGCCCCUCAAUGAGAAGACGUGGAUCGCUCACCACGUCACUCCCAGCACCAUCCGCUGCAUGUUUGCAAAGGAUCUGGGAUCUGGGUUCUACACUCCAUCAAGCUCAGAGGCACGAAGCAUGACAGGGCUUCUGGCCGAGAUGGCGGCGUUCGACUCGCACGUCCAAUCCGCCACCGGCACCAUUCAAGGAGGCAAGAUCCCGACUUCUGGGGCUGGACCUCCUGCGGACCUUUGUGGCUGUGUGGUCACCCCGCCUGCACACCCAGGCAAGCCCCUGCAGAGGGGAGGCAUGACGGAGCUGAGUAGCGGACCAAAGCUUCACGUCGGAUAG